GUAAUCAGAAAACGUACUGGAUAGAGAAAAAUGUCUCAUUGCUCAAUCUCGUUAAUUAAGUGUUAAAAAAGCGCAAAAUCAAGGCCAGCGAAAAAAAAGAAAAAAUAGAUUACAAAUCAAAUUAGAAAGAAAAACAUUUUCCUUGGCUCCUCGACUUGUCAAGUGGAUUCAGUUGAAAAUAAUUUCAUAGACCACCACACUCCAUAACGUUCUUUGUCCUCGUAAGUGGCUCCAAUUGUUCUUGCCUCCAACGUCUGCUGCGCUUGAGAAAAUGGGAGUAGUGCAGCAGCCUGAAAUGUUGUUAUGAGUCUGUUUUGACUUGUGUGGGUACAGUGGCUGCUGGUGUGGUAAUUGGAUCGCAUUUUACAGACGAUAACGUGCACCAGACUGUAACUCCCUGGUGAUCAUCAAAGUUUCAGAUUUGCAAACAAACAUGUAUUAUUUUUUGAAACGUUAGCCAUUCAAAAAAGCAAGAUAUAAAACAUUCUCGAGCCAUUGCCUUCCAAAAAGAAAUAAAACUAACAGUCCAACUAAAUACGAUACAGCUGAGAGGUGCAUACGUCAUAUCAAACAUUUUUUUAAAAAACAAAAUUUGACUUGAAACGAUCCAAAUUAGAAACAGGCGCCUGUCAGCGUCGACUGCUGCUAAAAAAAUAUGAAUAAAAAGAUUUAGCCUUGGGCAGUCAGUUUGAUUACUAUCCGAUGGAAAAAAAGGUGGGUGGGACAUAAUAUACCAAACACCGCCAGGUGCGCGAGUACUGUAGCAAUGUUCUCCCCGGACUGAAGGACUCAGUUCGUUGAGAGCCUUCGGCCGGAGCUGACGUGCGUUAAAACCGUUUCCGCUCUGAGGUACACAAGAGAGAAAAAAAAGAAUAAGAACAAGGCAAAGCAGCUGUGUACUACCGGUAGUGUGUCUAUGUGUGGUCGGUGCGUUUCUUUUUUGGCUAUUGUCAUAUCCGUGUGUUACCUUGACGACGGCUUGUUUUGACGACUCAGCACUACGACAAGCGCGUAGAAAAGUCUUUGUCCUCUGCCCAGUUUUGUUUGGUCAAAAGUUGAGUGUCUGAAAAAAAAAAUCAAUCGGAAUUGAUUAAGUUAUUUUUUAGUGUGAGAAAUCGGUUUUAUCGUGUCGUGUGCGCUGAUCGGAUAUGUAAACUUGGAGUAGCGACUUCGCUACGAGGCCAUGCCCGGCGAAAAUCGUCACCAGUCUAGUUCUAACCUCAAAGGCCAUCACAUGCUGGACAAUUACGCCAUCAUGGAGCAGCAGCAGCAGCAGCAGCAGCAUCAUCAGCCCGCGGCCGAUCUGAGUGAGCCAGUGGGUAAUGGCAGCCUGCAAGAAUUGUACGCCCAGUUGGUUCAGAAGGAGCGUGAUCUCCUUCUAGCUGCCCAAUUGGGCAAAGCUUUGCUGGAAAAGAACGAAGAACUCGGCCUGCAGAACGAAAAAAUGGCAGAAGAGUACUCGAGACAGUUGGAGAUUUUGGAGCAGGAAAAGCACGUUCUGCGGCGCAAAGUGGACAAUGUUGAAGGUGAAUACGAGUCCAAGGUAUCGGAGCUGCAGAGCGACGUCGCCGAUCUGAGACGGGCCCUCGACGAGCAGCAGAACAACGUCAAAAUGGCAGAGCGACAAAAGUCGUCCAUCAUUACCCAGUUGACGGAGCAGAACCAGCGACUCACUGCCCAACUCAAAGAGGCGAUGAAAAAUGAAGAGCAACUGAGCGCCCAGCUGCAAGGCUUGCGUGAUCAGUUCAGUUUGAGGAAAUCUAGUCUCCAGGACCAUGUCGGCCAUUUGGAAAUCAUGAGAGAAGAGAUCGUGAUGCUGACCGAGAAGAAAACGGAAUUGGAGCGACGGCUUCAGCACCUGCUGACGGAGCGUGAGGGUCUGACAUCGAACCUGGACGAGUCGUCGGACAGGAUCGUCGGACUGGAGCGCCAGUGUCACGAGCAGGAGGUUCACCUGCGAGAAACCCACCGGGAGCUGAACGAAUUGCGGGCGGCCAACGGGUCACUGUGCGAGCGACUGGAAUCGAUGACGAGGAACCUGUCCUCACCGUCGGCUCCUUCCUUCCACCACCACAGUCACUCGCUGCUGGCCGAAAUGGACCUGUCGGCCGCCAGUUCCGGUCACGGCUCGGCUUCCAGCCCAAACUCGCACCCGUCCCUCACCGGCCAGGACGACAUCGAGAUCGACGACAUCGAGUGCGACGAUCCUCAGGGCGAGAAUUCCCUCGUCGUCGAAGAGCAAAACCAAAAGAUGAGACAAGAAGUGAUGGACGCCUGCGUGGCUCUGAGGUCCCUGUGCGAGACGGUGAGAGCCCAGCGACGUCGGGCGUCGCUGUCGCUGUCGUCCUUCACCUCGUCCAACGGGAGCGGUCAGAACGCCUCGGUGGUGAGCUCGGCGUCGACCGACACGGACGGCGACGGACACGGCAGCAUCCCGCGGCUGGACGGCAAACAGGACACGGGUCUGCUCAAUUACCUCGUCAAAGACAUUGAUCACCUGGUGAGAGGCUCGGCCUGGUUCCAGCUCGACUUCUCCCAGUGCGACCAGUGCGGACGCAGCCCCAACGACCUCCUCCAGCUCGAGUCCGAGCUGCACUUGACCCAGGAGGCGGCCGACCGGUUGCAGCGCAAUUUGGCCGACAAGACGGAAGAAUCCAAGCGACGCAACGAGGAAGCCACAUCCUUCAAAAAUCAGCUGACGCUCAAAGAGGUGGAGCUGGAAGCGACUCGCGAGGAACGCGACACGGCCCGUCGAGAUGUCCGUGACACUCACCUGGCCAAAGACGAGAUCAUCCGACGUGCCUGGGAAGUUCGCGAUCAGGCCGUUUCGCGUAAGAACGCGGCCGAAAUCGAGCUGGCCCGCACCCGCAUCGACGUCCUCCAAAUCAACAGUCAACUGCUGGAAGCCAUUCAGCAAAAGGUGGAGCUCAGCCAGCAGCUCGACCAGUGGCAGGUGGACAUGCAGCAGCUGCUCGACGACCAGAUGAAGAGCAAAUUGUCCAAACAGGAAAGGCUGCGCUCGAUGGCCAGCGCGGGCGGUGGAGCGGCUCAGCAGUCGGCCGGGACCACCGCUGGGACCGCCAACUCACCUCAGCAACGAAAAACCAAGUUUUUGGGUCUUUUCCAACGGUCGUGAACAGGCCGGACUCUUAUAGCCAUUAGCACGCGCACCUAUUCCUCCCCAAUCUCUAUUAUUCCAACCAAAAACUUUCUCUUCUCUUCUCGCCACACCUAAUCUGCAUAUUAAAAAAACCAGACGAUAAAAAUCAGCUUCUGCGAAUUUCUGCGCGUGUUAAUUUAUCUCCUUAUUUUUGUUACCCCCCAUCCCUUCGCGUCCGUCCCUUUUGUUCUUUUUUUUUAAAAACCGUUGUAUCAUAUUAAUGAUUAUUAUCCAACCGCUCCUCGAUUUAUUUAAAUUUUUCUCCCAAAAAACUAACGGGGUGGCGUGUUUUUGUCAUGAGACCGAUAGGUGAAAAGAAAAAAAUAAUAAUUAAUUAUACAUAUUAUUGCGUCAUACUGAAAACUGUAGAAUAUGCGAAACGAAAAGGUGGAUCUCGGGCUGUCUCUCUCUCUCUUUCUCCAAUGAUAAUUAUUUACUUGUGAUUCUUUUUUUUUCGGCAAUUUAUCUUUUCCUGUUUCACUAAUUUUCGUUCAAUGGGUUACAAAUUUUUCCCUUUUUCUUUUUUUUUAUCUUUUGAAAAAAUUUGGGUUCUGUAUCCAGGCCGUAGGUCAGACGAGCCUCCCCUCCCCCCUUCCCCUACUUGUAUAAUAUACAGUUAACCGUCGUGAAAAGGAGAGAAAAGAAGUAAGUAGCACGUAACAAGGUCAGAGGUAUAAAUAAAGGCGAUAGCAGUUGAGGGUCUCGUUACUUUUUUUAAACAGGAAAAAAAAAGAGAAGAAUCGUGAUUUCCCGCGCACGUGUGUUUGUGUGCUGCUUCUUAUACAUCUCCCCCCUCCCCCAAAAUCAUGUUGUGUAAUACCGCGCGAAUGCCCCUCUUUGUGUGUAUGUGUGCCUGUGUGUGUGUCUUGUGUUUCGGGAGUGCGUGAUUGUGUGUACUGCACCGAUAAUACAUCAUGCAACAUCUUUGCUAAGAAAACCAAA